AUGAAUGUAAGGCCACCAUCAAAUUCGAGCAGCGGUAGCACAACUGUCAAUGAUAAUGAAUGCCUUGUUCGAGAACAAGACCGACUCAUGCCAAUAGCAAAUGUUAUUCGUAUCAUGAGAAAGAUCCUCCCUCCUCAUGCCAAGAUUUCAGACGAGGCCAAAGAGACCAUCCAAGAAUGCGUUUCUGAGUACAUCAGUUUUGUCACAAGCGAAGCCAAUCACCGCUGCCAACGUGAGCAGAGGAAGACUGUUACCGCCGAAGACAUCCUUUGGGCAAUGAGCAAAUUAGGAUUUGAUGAUUACAUCGAGCCAUUGACUAUCUACCUCCACCACUACAGGGAGUUUGACUUCAGGGCCACUAUUACUGAUCAUGUCAAGAGGCCUACUCACGAUCCUCCACCUGCAAACUCCUUUCAUCAUGCUUUUGCAACUGUUUUUCAUCAUACUGGAUUAUUUGGCACUGGUCAUUUCUUCAAUGAUCAACCUAAAGUACUAGUCCCUUCCAGGCUACCUUCUGCUGCUACUGUUGCUGGAUUUGAGCCAUAUGCUCGAUGUAAAGAGCUCACUGUGAAGAAAGUCGCACCGAAGGGUAAGGUUGCUAAGGAUCCAAACAAGCCUAAGAGACUUGCCGGUGCCUUCUUUGUUUUCCUUUUUUUUUUAAAUUUUAUUACACAAAUCUGUAAGUUGUUGUGCUAAUUUGUUGCGUUUUUGUUGAAUUGAAGGGAGGAGUUCAGGAAGCAGUUUAAGGAAGAGAACCCUGGCAACAAAUCCGUUGCUGCAGUCGGUAAAUCUGGUGGAGCAAAAUGGAAAUCAAUGUCUGAUGUCGAAAAUGCACCUGUUGUUGCCAAAGCUGAGAAAAGAAAGAAGGAAUAUGAGAAAACCCUUGCUUCCUACAACAAAAAGCUGAUGAAUCAUAUGGUAGAAUUUUAUAUCAGACUUGGUUUAUAUCUCGCUUAUUUUGAGAGUUUCAUAGUUAUAACUUUUAGCACCAAGAAGAUUGGCAAAAUGAGGGAAUAUGCUAAGAGUACAUUUUACCUCCUUUCAACUUUUGGAACAUCUUUAUUUUAUGUUUUGCAAGCACGUACUGCUUUCAGAAGUGUUUAAUUUCAAUGAGAACUCAUCCCUGAUAUAUUGACUAUUUACCUUGAUGGAAUAGUGAAGGAACAGUCGGCCAACUGGUUGUAUUGUUAUGAGAGAAUUGAUGGGGGUUGAGGUUGCAAUUUAUAUGAGCACACAUAAGUA